UGCGCCCCGCGGUUCCCUUACCCAGUUGCCCGCGGGCCGGCCGGUCGGCCGCCCGCGCGGCGCUGGGGUUUGCUGCUGAAUCGGCGAGUCGGAGGAGCCAGGACAGGAUGGGAGGCGGCCGGCUGCCUUGCGUGGUGUACUGAUGCGACUGUCACGGCGCUGGCUCGCGGUUUGUUCCUGGUUUAGGUUUUUUUGGGUCUGUAGAGGUGAUUGCUUUUGGCUGGGAGGCCCGGAUUGCAGUCCGGGCGUUGGGCGCACGGGGUGUGGGUAUCACAAAAUCGUUCCUUGACUCGAGGAGAGCUCCAUUUCGGUGCCGUCAAGCGGCCUGAUUGGCGAAAUUCGAGUGGACUGGACUUUUGAGGUCAAUAGUGAAGAUUAUUUCUCUGGUAGGAGUAUAGGAUUGCAAAUAAUUUUAUUGUUUCAAAUGAUCGAGAGCUGCUGAGCAGGCAGAUUGGUAGAUGAUUGAUUUUAGCGUGCCAUAUUUUUUACGUUGUCCUUUAAUCUUUCUGACAUUUGCUUGCCACUAUUUUGUGGACACACUUGUUGCGCUCUGUUUCACCCUAUGCUUUUGUGUUUCUCUGGCAUGCAACUGCUUUGUAGUCCAAACAAAUACAACUCCACGCAUGAUGGCUGCCAGCUUAUAUGCAUAUUGUUUGUUCCGAUCAACAUGAGAAUAUGAGAUUGGAUUGAAUUGAGAUUUUGGAAUUGGUACUGCAUGAGAGCUCCCAGGAAUACUGUGUGCAGGAAGGUUUUCUGAUUUUAUUAUGGACGACAAGAGUAAAGUCAAGAAGGAAAUGGGUGCUCCUCGAAAGGGAGGACUAAAAUUUGCACCCAAAGUACCUGUGAAGAAAGCUGCCAAAAUUGUUCCGAAAAAGGAACCAGUUGAGGAUAGCAAGGAUGAAACCGUCGAUAAGGAAUUGCUGAUGAAACUUAAGGCAUCACAGAUUACAGAUCCCUUUGCUAGAAGAGUUAAAACUGAGGAUAAGCCAAAAAGCCGGACACAAGUUGCAUUUGGACAAGGAAAUUCUUCUUAUGCAAGAUCAUUUUCUAUGCCAAAACGUUCUAAAGAUGAAGAGAAGUUAACAAAAGAAUAUGCAGAGCCAUGGGACUAUAACCAUACUGAUUAUCCUGUUACUCUCCCAUUGAGGAGGCCCUACUCUGGAAAUCCUGAAAUUCUUGAUGAGAAAGAAUUUGGAGAAUCUUCUGCCAGCAGAGCUCAAGAUGCUAAAUUAACCGCAGCGGAAGAGCUUGGAUUAAUCGAUCGAUCGGAUGAAUCACAAUUGCUCUUCAUCCAGUUGCCGUCUUCUCUUCCUUUACCAUUGCAGCCACAAUCAGUUGCUGAGCCUAAUAAAGGCUCUGAGGAGAGACGUCAGGGCAUGAAGCCAUCAUCGCACUGUGGCUCGAAACUCAAGGAUCUGCCUGGGGGUUAUAUGGGGAAGAUACUUGUAUAUAAGAGUGGUAAAGUGAAGAUGAAGGUCGGAGACACGCUAUUUGAUGUUUCUUCUGGCUCGAAUUGCAAGUUUGUCCAGGAAGUUGCAGCAAUGGACACCAGAGAAAAGCAUUGUUGCGCGGUGGGGGAGAUUAACAAACGUGCUGUUAUCACCCCCGAUAUUGACUACCUGCUGGGUUCUAUUGACAAGAUGGAAGAAUAGCCCAUUCAUUUCUUUUAGGUAAAACAACCAUCAUGGCCAUAUGCCACAUUGCAAGGGACUAUUUAGUUUUGUUUCUUCAGAGAACAAUCUGGAGUUUACUCUUCCAGAAACUUGGGGGGGGGGGGGGGGG